GGGUGGUGCUCGGUGUGGUUUCCUGUGUGCAGGUGGAGGAUGCUGCUCGGCUGCAGAAGGUUUCUGCAGCUUUGAAACCAGCGAAGCUUCGAUCUGACUGAAGAAGCUUCUUCUGCACUUUGAUGAACUCAUCACACAAUCUGGUGAUGAAGAAGUUUCACACUCGUCAGGUUCAUCUUCAAUCAGCAUCAUGUUCUCAGCUGGUGGUCGCUGACAUCACAGCCUCUGUGGCGGGAAAUGAAACGAGGUGAUUGGAGGAGAGGAGGAGGAGAGAGGGAGGAGGAGGAGGAGUGAAGGAAGUCGAGCGUGAAGAGAAACUUCAGACAUGUCUGACGUUUGGUGACGGUAACGUCUCGUGGACAACGUCUCUGCUGCUGUCGUCCGUCUCAGAAGAAUCAUGACUUCCUGGUUCCUCGUGGUUCUGUCGGCUGCUCUGUCCGUCUCCUUCGUGGUUCUGGCGCUCGCCUGCGUGAACUGCUGGAGACGACGUCCACUGGUGUCCAUCAGACAAACCCACGCCUCAGAGGACUACACACCAUCCACAGAGUUCCGAGUCAGAGUCAUCCACCCAAUGCAGCCGAGCAGUGACCUGAACUCCAUCCGCUCAGCUCCUCACCUGCUGUCCCCCCCCAGAGUCCUCUCAUCUGCAGAUGGAACUCAGCGGAGUCACAGAUCCUUCACUCCAACAGAAACUGACAGUAACCCCAGUUAUGAGAAUCCAGCAGACGGACCUGAUUACGUGAACCCGGAUCCUGACCUUCCUGACAGUGAUGUAGAAGAUCCAGGCUACAUCAUCGUGAUCCCCGGCUGUGAAGCGCUCGCGUCGUCCAAUCAGAGCCGAGCCUCUUCGCCCAGUUCAGACGUUCGACACGAUUACGUGAACCUCGGAGAAGAAGAAGAAGAAGAAGAAGAGGAAUCUGAAUACCAAGAUUACCUGAAUGUGGAUCCCCAGCUCUCUCAGAAAGCAGCAGCAGAGUCGUCGGGUCACAGCGACACCGACUCCGACGAGGACGUGGAAGGAAACUACGUCAACCAGCCUCCGGUCAGUUUGAUCCCUGGAGCUUCUCUUCCUCAGGAAGCAGCUGUUCACUCUCUCUUCUUCCUUCCAGAUGAUCCAAUCACCUCAGAGCCUGAUGGGACGCAGACUGACGGACAGAAACCAGUGAUCACAGACCAGUGAUCACAGACCAGUGAUCACAGACCAGUGAUCGGCCCCUGACCACAGUGAGAUUCUCUAACACCACGUUGCCUCCAUGAUGUUUAAAUCACCUGUGGAUGAAAAACGACUCGACUGGAAAAGUGAAACUUGAGCUCGUCUCAAGUUUAAAUGUCUAAGAUUUUCCUUAAAGUCCCAGUAAAAGUUUCCUUCAAAUCAAAACAGCUGCACAAAGUAAGUUUCCUCCAAAGAAUUCUCAUUAGAGUUUAAAUUUGUAUAUUCGAUCAAAUUAAACGUUAGUUUGAUGAAGAAGGACAAUAUGAGUCGCCCCCUGGUGGCUGGCUGUAUUAGAGUUCAUGAACCCCUCCUCCAUGUUAGCAGAUGGGACUUGGACCAAUGUAAAAGUCAAAGUUUUUUUUUUUUUUUAGCGUUAGUUAAUAUAAAAAAAUUGUAUUUGUCUAAAGGUUUCAACAUUUCUUCCUUUUCUUCUAUUCAUCUUUUAUUUUGUUGCUGUAAAUGUGUGUUUCUCCCCCACUAAGGGAAACUUCUGUACCAGUUCAACCAGUGAAGGAGAAGCUACCUGCUCCUUCUUCACCUGAUUCAUUUCCCCCCCGGUGUAGGUCUGACGUCACCGGAGGUUUAGAGGAACCGACGUGUUUCACUGACUUUACUGACAAAUCCUGAGAAUGUCUUAAUAUACAAUGAUUUUUCAUCCGUGUAUUUAUGUUGUUAACUUGUUUUCUGUGGAUAUGAAAUUCAACUGUGACACACAAAUGUAACUACAAGUCAAUUAAACCUUAAACCAAACUGUCAAAUCUA